CAAUCCCCUGUCUGUCCCAAAGUGUUUAGAGAAAGAAGAGCUUCUGCCAAUGACAGUGAGGGUUUUCAGUUUCACUAACGGAAAAACAAACUUUCAUUGGCAUAAAAGGGGUUACGUAUAGACUGUAACGUACGCGUUGUUUAACAGCUUAGGUUACUUUUUCGGUAGGGGUAACUAAAGGAAAAGUUAACGGGUCAGCGAGGGCUCAACAUGGAUGUCCGGGGGGACGACAGUCCGACACUGAGCUGGAAUUAAGGCUGUUUACGGGCUAUUUCUGGUCGAAGGAUUCUUUUUUUUGGGUUGAAACUAGUUGGCACCAUUCGCAAAGAUGUUGACCCUGUGGAGGCGAGAUGUGCCGCUGUCAGAGCGGCUUGGGGAGGAGUCCCCUUUGACGGCUGCAGCAGGUGUCCCAGCCACGCCAGCUCCAGCGGGGCCCAACAUCUCCUGGCUCCCUGAUCUCCCCUUGCUUAGCCAGGACCAGCCCACUUUUCUCAUGACCCCUGCAGCACAGGCUGUGUCCGGCUUCUUUGUCUGGACCGCCCUAAUCCUCACCUCUCACCAGAUCUACAUGCACCUGCGUUACUACAGCUCACCCCGGGAGCAGCGCCACAUUGUACGCAUCCUCUUCAUCGUUCCUAUUUAUGCCUUCGAUUCUUGGCUCAGCCUCCUCUUCUUCACCAACGAUCAAUACUACGUAUACUUUGACACCAUCAGGGACUGCUAUGAAGCAUUUGUGAUAUACAACUUCUUGAGCCUGUGUUAUGAAUACCUUGGAGGAGAGAGCGCCAUCAUGGCAGAGAUUCGAGGAAAACCCAUUGAGUCCAGCUGCUUGUAUGGCACCUGCUGUCUGGGGGGAAAAGCCUACUCCAUUGGCUUCCUGCGUUUCUGUAAACAGGCCACUCUGCAGUUUUGUGUGGUCAAACCUCUGAUGGCAACCAUCACGGUCAUCCUGCAAGCAUAUGGCAAAUACAAAGAUGGAGACUUCAACGUUGCCGGCGGUUACCUGUACGUCACCAUCAUCUACAACAUCUCAGUCAGCUUGUCGCUGUACGCCCUCUUCCUCUUUUACUUCGCCAUGCGGCAGCUGCUAAGUCCUUACAGACCAAUGCUCAAGUUCUUCAUGGUCAAAUCAGUCAUCUUCCUCUCCUUCUGGCAGGGCAUGUUGCUGGCCAUCAUGGAGAAGUGCGGCGCCAUUCCUCAGAUUAACUCAGUGGAGGUGUCCGUUGGCGAGGGCACCGUUGCCGCCGGCUACCAAAACUUUUUAAUUUGCAUCGAGAUGUUUUUUGCGGCGCUGGUCCUCCGUCCCGCUUUUACGUACAGAGUCUACAUGGACAAAAGUCUGAACACACAAGGACCACUCACUACAUAUGGAGAGCUUGGCCAUUGUGCCCCGAUGAAGAGCAUCUCCAGCAGCCUGAAGGAGACCAUGAACCCAGGCGACAUGGUCCAGGACGCCAUCCACAACUUCUCGCCGGCCUACCAGCAGUACACUCAGCAGUCCACACUGGAGCAGGGGGUACCACCGCCUGUCCCCCGUUCCCUGGGUGGCACUGGCAGCCACGGGGAUACUGAGAAGACACUCCUGCUGAGCUCUGAUGACGAGUUCUAGACAAGACGCACCGAUGCUUAAAUUACGGACACAAAUGUACAAUAAACAGUAUGUGCUAUUUAAGGUCAUGAGCGCAUGCAUUAUAAACAAGUAUCAGCUAAUUUUGUGUAAAACUCUUUAUUUUGCUUUUGGAAGGAACAUGUUUUAGUUUGAAACAAAUGCAGAUUUUAAUCUUCAUUUUUAUAAUACAACUCUUUUAUUCAAAUAACGUGACUUUUGGUUUUAUUUUGAAGGCAUUCGUAGUAUCCUGCAUUUCUUUGGUCAUGAAAAUACGAUGUACCCUUUUUGUAAUAACUUUGCAAUAAAUUAAUAUGGUACUGUACAAUUUUCACGUGGGAGUAUUACACUACAAACAAAUAA